GACGACCCUGGCGACUUGACCUGCAUGAACCGAUACUAGAUUCGUCCUUUCUGUUUGAGCUACUGCUGCAGUCAGGUCUUCGCCGCAUCGUCGCUCGAAAUGAACCACUAUCACCAGCGGUAUCUUCUACGACAUCUACGCCCUUGUAUACGACUUCUCUACCGAGAUGCACGCUAUUUAUCAACCAAAAGGAACGAAAUACUGCGAGACACGCCGUCGUCAUCUUCCAACCUUCAAAAAUCCCAACCUUUGUCGGGUGACGUAAAUUUACAGACCGAGAAAAGCUGGUUGACACGAAAAGUCGAGUCCUCACCGACGGCGCACUGGUGGUUCAUGAAAUUCGUCAAUUUGCUGGGGUACGGGACUCCAAAGCAGUUAGCAGGAAGGAGGACGUUUCCGUUGUAUGCGAAGCUAUGUGCAGCUGCACCAGAUUCCGAAAUGGAAUUCUGGCAUAAAGAGUGUGAUUUGCCGCCGACUUUCCAAUCGUGGUUCACUGUCACCAAUCUUCAUACAUGGAUGCUUGCUGUCCGUUUCCGUGCACUUCCAUCACCCCACGGAAGGGAAUACGUGCAGGGUCUUGUAGACCACUUUUUCCUUGACAUUGAAGACCGGAUUCGUGCCGUGCUCCAACCUCCUUCAAAGCCUACAGAACCCUACACAAUCGAGUCUGCUUUCUACACCAAUCCUAAUGCACCUACUACGGGGCCUGAUGGCAAACUCAUACGGCGCAGAGCCGCACCGGAGCGAUUGGUAUCUCGGCAGAUGAAGAUCUUCAAGGAGCAAUGGACAGGGAUGUGGAUGUCACUCGACUACGCUUUAGUUAAGGGCGACAUGGAGUUGGCGGCUGCUGUAUGGCGGAACCUGCUUGGUGCUCGUGGAGCAGCAGGCAUCGCGUUUCCCGACCCCAAUAACCCCGAUGCUCCUGCUCCGUAUCGUCGCACAGUCAACCUCGUCGGAGGCUUGGUGGAAAACAUUGAGAAAAUUGACUUUGAGAAGGAAGCGCAUCGGGAUGAUGGGUCUGGUGUCCACGAUUAUGCGCCUUCCGAGGUGGACAAAUACGUCAAAUAUCCUGACCUUAUGCUCGAUAUUGUGAUGUACCUUCGCAGGGAGCUGGUUCGACUGGAGAAUCUCAGCGACGAGGAGAUCAUGCAUGGCGAUAUUGCUGGGCUGGGCUUUGGUCGAAUCAUCGAGCCCGAAGUCGACGCGUCUGAAUCCAGUGAUGCGACGAAGUCAAGUGGUGCACCCCCCACUGGUGGCGCGUCGAAGCCUAGUGAUACUGUCAAGUCCAGUGAUGCUCUUAAAUCAAUCCUCCCGAAGCUCAGCAAGCUUUCUACAAGCGAGGUUACCAAAUCCAGUGCCACGUCCAAGGCGAGCCCCGCACCGAAGACAAAUUCUCUAAAAGAGGGAAAGCCCAAGCCCAUCGGCUCUCCGAAACCUAGCAGUACCAAGGCAGGCGUCGCAUCCAAAACAAGUGACGUGAAAGGCUCUUCUUCCAGGUCAAAAGCAACGAAACCCAAUACAUCUCUAAAGAAGUGACCGUACGCUACUGUCUAAUAUAUGCUGUAUUAUUAUUCCUCCUCAUUAUCUUUAAUCAUCUGGCAGAGGUAAUAAAUAUCGACCUCAGAGAUCAAUUCUAAAUUGGAAAUGCUCCUUCCUUCCGCGAAUGCACUAUAUAACGUAGCGCUUAAGAAGCAUAAAAUAUAUAACGUAUCAAGGC